AUGAGAUUCAUCCUUGCUGUUGCCGUUACUGUUGCCCUAGCCGCUGUUGUCUCAGCAGGAGGGUAUGGACAUGGAGGAGGAUACGGACACGGAGGAUACCACGGAUUUGGUGGUAAAGGAUACGGUGGACAUGAUGUAGGAUACGGAGGAUAUGGAAAGGGAUACGGUGGACAUGCUAGCGGAUACGGAGGGCACAAUCUAGGUUUUAGUGGUGGAUAUGGGGGAUAUUCUAGUGGAUAUGGUGGAAGUAUCGGAGGAUAUUCUGGAGGAUAUGGUGGAAGUAUGGGUGGAUAUUCUGGAGGAUACGGUGGAAGUAUGGGUGGAUAUUCUGGAGGAUAUGGUGGAAGUAUGGGCGGAUAUUCUGGUGGAUAUGGUGGAAGUAUUGGAGGUUAUCAUGGUGGAUCAGGAAGUGGAUAUUACGGUGGAUUAAGUGGAUCUUAUGGAGGAUUAAGUGGAUCCAAGUCAAUUUAUUAA